UGUGAUCGUCAAAGGAAUUUUGAGUAGACUGUGCUUUCUUUUUCGCUUUAGGAUAUGAAACUGGUGCUUAUGGCGGUUGAACUUUGCAGUUUAAUGCAUUUAAAUAGCUUUAUUACUAAAUGUGCCAUUAAUGGGGAAAAAUACAGCAACGAUGUGCGUUUGAAUGACGCAGUGGUGGAGAAAAGAGUCAGGAUGCUAACGUCCACAGGGCAGCCAAGAUAUCAUAUCUCUGCUGCUAUCCUCUGCAUAAGUUUUAUUAAGAAGUCGGAUUAUAUGUAACAUACAGGUGUGACAGCACUGAGACGUCAUGAGCCGUUCAGAGAAAUACGAACUGGGCGCGGUCGACUCCAAGACCAAGAAGAAAAAGUACGGCUCACUGGACCAGGGUGUGAGCUCUUCGCUAACGCACAUCAUCACCAAUGACUCGCUCGAGGCGGUGCCCGAUGACGGGACCACAGAGCAGACUAGCCUGCUGGAGCCGCCGCAGCCGGGCACCAGCGCCUCCAGCUACGCGCAGAACGUGCAGAACGUCUCUGAGCUCGGCCUGGCCCCAGACGGCGCGGCGCCCUCCUUUGAAGCCGUCACUAUCACCAUGCCGGAGGAGGAGGAAGGGCUGGAGGAAGGUGACCAGAUGACCGCAGCCGCCGACUCAUCUGACCAAGUUCCUCUCCUGGACCCCUCGCCCUCACCGCUGGAUGUCAGGCGGUCCAGCAGCGCUUCCCCUAGGAGAUCCUCCCUGCUGGUCAGGUCGCUGCGCUCCAUCGCCAGCUUUCGGAAGAAGCGGAGGAGUCAGACAGGACUGGAGGGCAGUGUGGAGCAAAUGAAUCCCGCUGCUGCCGCCGCAUCUUCUGCCUCUCGAGAUCCUCUCCUGGAUACCUCUCAGGGGCGUCUCCUGGGUGCCUCUCAGGAUGCACUCCUGGAUACACCUCAGGAUCCUCCCCUGAAUCCGUCGGCUCUAGCAGUGGAGCGAAACAGCCUGAUGCCUCAACCCUUUGGCAGUGCUGUGAUUCAACCUAUCCCAGAAUUCCAGGGGUACCAACAAGAACAGCCGGAAGAGCAGGGACUUGAAGAGCAGCAGGCGGCCUUCCCUGCUGAGCCGUCACCCUCCCAGGAUCCUCUCCAGACCGCCUCCCCGCCUGAGUCUGAGCGGCUCAGUCUGCUGCCCCAUCCCUCCAGCAGUGCCUCUUCAAGACGACCUUCGAGAGUCACUAGGUCCUACCAGGCCAUCCAGAUAAUCCGAGAUGAGCCAGAACAGCCGGUGGAGCAGCGAGGCUCCAUCACGGGCUGGCUGCAGAGGAAACUCUCCGGACAGCGGCAGGGCAGCGUGGAGGAUCUGGCGACGUUCGCGUUCGACCCGGCCAGCAGCGGUGAUCCGGAGGCGGCGAUGCUGGCGGCGGCGCAGCAGCAGGCCCGACACAAACCUCUGGCUAUGGACGCGUCUCUGACUGGAGCCGAGAGAUUUACCGCCCUCCUCACCGCCGAUCCUGAGAACCAAAACAAUGAGUACCACAUCGAGCGACGGAAGGACGCGCAGCUGCCGGCUGAGAUCGACAGCUGCUUCUUCCGGGACGGUAAGCGUCGGAUCGACUACAUCCUGGUGUACGAGGACACCACCAUCCAGGGGAAGGUGCGCGGCAGGCUGGCCGAAAAACGCUUCCUCAAACAGGAGGCAUGGCGCGGCCGGUUCAGGGCCAACCUUCGCAAGGCCGGCCUUCAGAUGGAGGAGGAAAUCGUUCCCGGUCCGAAGAAAACCAUUUAUUUUAUCAAGCUGCACGCGCCGUGGGACGUGCUCUGCACCUGGGCAGAGGAGCUGAAGAUGCGGGCACCUCUUCAGCCACUCUUCCACAUGGUCCGGGAGCGAAUCACGCCGAGAAAGUCGAUCGGGCCUCAGUACCUGGAUGGCUUCCUUGACUCCGUCACCAGAAUGAACGUGGAAGACCAGCUUCAGAUGAGCGCCACCCAGAUGAGCCCCAAAAUGGAACUAUUCAUCGCCCGCAUAGUCAGACCGAACAUGCCGCACAACUGGUCCGAGUGGGUGCUCAAGAAGCUGCACAUCCCCAACGUCAUGCAGCAAGACGUCCCCAACAAGCCGGUCGAGUAUUUCACCUGUCCCUUCAAGAAGGCCAAGCUAGACAAGUUUCUGGGCAGCGAGGACCAGGACAACUACUUCUCCACCGGUCAGCGGAUCCGGAUCGUCUACGAGAUCCUGGCCACGUCCGUGUUCGGCAAACGGAAGCAGGGCGAAGUGGGCAUCGAGCGUCUGGUGGACGAGGGCACCUACAACGCCGCCUUUCCGCUGCAUGACGGCGACUUCAAGGUCCCUAAGGACCCGGACCUCGACCACAGCCGCCUGAACGCCCGUCAAAUACUGCACGAGUACUGGGGGCGGUACUCGCGGUGGUACAAGUACCAGCCGCUCGACCAUAUCCGAGAGUACUUUGGCGAGAAGAUCGGCAUCUACUUCGCCUGGCUAGGUUUUUACACUGGCUGGCUGCUGCCUGCCGCUGUGAUAGGGUUACUGGUGUUUAUGUACGGUGUCAUCACCAUAAAUCGAAACGAUGUGGCGAACGAAAUAUGUGAUAACCCAGGCCAGUUCAAGAUGUGUCCACUGUGUGAUUACUGCAACUACUGGUACUUGGACACCAUCUGCGCCUACGCCAAGAUCGCCUACCUGUUCGACCACCCGGGAACUGUGUUCUACAGCGUGUUCGUCUCGUUCUGGGCGGUGACGUUCCUCGAGUACUGGAAGCGCAAGUGUGCCACGCUCUCCCACCACUGGGACUGCAUGGACUACCAGGAGGAGGAGGAACGGCCGCGGCCCGACUUCGCCGCGCGCGCACCCGCCUACGGCAAGAACCCCAUCACGGGCCAGCGCGAGCCCACCUUCCCCCACGGCGUGAGGUUGAAGCGGAUCGCUGCCGGCGCCGGCAUCAUCGUGCUCAUGAUGUCACUGGUAAUCAUCUUCAUUGUGGCCGUCAUCAUCUACCGGGUGCUGGUCUCGAUCCCGCUCUUCCAGAACCCGACGUUCCGCUCGCAGGCGCAGGCCAUCAGCUCGCUAUCGGGCGCCAUCGUCAACUUGAUCCUCAUCAUGUGCAUGGGCCGCGUGUACGAGAAGCUCGCCUACCGGCUCACCGUCUGGGAGAUGCAUCGGACCCAGAGCGAGUUUGAGGAUAACCUGACAUUCAAAGUGUUUGUCUUCCAAUUCAUCAACUUUUAUUCGUCCAUCUUCUACAUCGCCUUUUUCAAGGGUCGCUUCGUGGGCUACCCGGGCCACUACAACCAUAUCCUCGGGCUGCGAAACGAAGACUGCGCCGCGGGCGGCUGCCUGGUGGAGUUGGCACAGCAGUUGGCGGUCAUCAUGAUCGGCAAACAGAUGGUCAACAACGCCCAGGAGAUCAUCCUGCCCAAGCUGAAGGCCUUCUGGCAGAACCGCGGCGUCAAGGGCAUGAGCGGCGCGUGCAGCAAGACCCGCUGGGAGGAGGACUACCAGCUCAUCGACUCCGAGGGCCUCUUCCAGGAGUACCUGGAAAUGGUGCUUCAGUUCGGCUUCAUCACCAUUUUCGUGGCGGCGUUCCCGCUGGCGCCGCUGUUCGCGCUGCUCAACAACUGGGUGGAGAUCCGGCUGGACGCGCAAAAGUUCCUCUGCGAGACGCGCCGGCCGGUCCCCGAGCGGUGCGCCAACAUCGGCAUCUGGUUCACCAUCCUCGAGACGCUGGCCCACCUUGCCGUCAUCAGCAAUGCCUUCUUGAUUGCCUUCACGUCUGAGUUCCUGCCCAAGAUGCUGUAUCAGUACGAGAUGCACUGGCACCUGGAGGGCUACGUCAACUUCACCAUGGCGUACGCACCCAACAGCUCGGACCCCGACGUCAAGGGCGACUGCAGGUACCGAGGCUUCCGAGACGAGAACGGCAAGUUCACCACCUUCUACUGGCGGCUGCUGGCCGUGCGUCUCGGCUUCGUCAUCCUCUUCGAGCACGUCGUCUUCUUCAUCUGCAAGAUGAUCGACUUGGUGGUGCCGGACGUUCCCGAGAGCCUCAACAUGAAGAUCAAGCGGGAGCGCUACUUGGCCAAACAGGCGCUGGCGGAUGCGAGCGCUAUAGGAACGGGCGGCGGAGACGAGGAGAAGGACGAGCUGACAGAGCCGCCGGCCGACACCCUCGUCUACCUGCCCGGCCAGGCGGAGGACGGCGUGCGCACCGCGUUAUGACGAAUGGACAACGGGCAGCCGCCCUCCUGACAUCGCGAAACGCUCGUCUGACCCUGGGCCGGGCCGGCCGGGCGCCCCUGCCGCCGGGCCUGGGUGCGCCCCUGCCGCCGCCCGGUCAGCCGGUCGCGACCCUGCCCGGCGGCGUUUUAUGCCGUGGCGGCCCGGCCGACCCUUCCGCCCGGGUCAGGAGCACCUCGCUGCCUUGCGCCGCUCGGACGGCUGGCUGAGAGGCCGUAAUAUUGCUGAACUGUGUUGGACCUGUAGUGCGUGUGUGCCCGCCAGGAUCUUUUGCAGAUGGCACUGGUGAAGCGAUAUCAUUGGGCCAUUGUUCCGGCUAGGCUGCUUCCGCCAGGGCCACUUGUGUCGUAUCGAGAGGUAUUGUUGUGUAUUGUGCCAGAAAGACUGGCUUCGUUACCCGGAUAUUCCGGAGAGUGCAGUGGUUGAGGACAGUGUGACUCUUUGCCACCAAUUUAUUUUUAUCGAUACAUUCCAUGAACUACGAUUUUCAGUUGGAGAUUAGGUGUAUCAUGCUUUAACAUUCUGUUAAAAUCAGGGAUAAUGUGUGACUAGCGUCAUCGGAGUGCUGUGUUUAAGUGCUUUAACUAUUUUGUGUUGGUUUGUUUUUAGUCCUGAAUGAGAUUUAAUGAUGAUAGGUAUUAGUUUGGAAUUUGGUAACAUCCGCUCAGCCGUUGGGAUUUUUGUUUGUUUUUAUUGAUCGUUAUCUAAAUAUCUAUGGAAUGUAAAUCGUGCCUACACUAGAAAGAAAACCCGCAAGACAAUGAUAGCAGCUUAACCUUAUGCUUAUUGCUGUAUCAGGUUUUCAAGGAUUUGCUGAUCGUCUUGGUACAACAUCCGAAUAUCACUUAAUCAAAGGAUUUAUGAUAUCAACAGUGCUUAUAGGUCGUACUUGUGCGAUAAUUCGGUACGUUUGAUUCAAUGGUAGCCUCAUCAGCAGUGUUUUUGCCGUCCAAUAUCGUCCGACUUAUGUAGAUCUGAAGAUAGCGUUGUUGUGAAGAUAAAUGACAUGAAUAUGAAUGCAGCUACACUUUUGUUAA